GACAUCAUCAGGAAUCCACCCGCGGCACCAGGAGACCAGGGGCAACCGCCGCCUCCACUAUCUCCGCCGAAGGCGUUCUCGCCAUCGCCACAGGCAGGGCCCUUCUACGUCGACGCCUCCGCCUUCGAAGACAACGUCCUGGAUGCGUUCGCGACGCCGUCGCCCUCGAAGACGCAUUCGCCCUCGAAGACAACCUUCUACGUCGACGCCUUCGCCCUCGACGCCCCCGCCUGCGAAUGCCGCGCUGGCCGUGAGUUCGAGGGCGAGGCGGGCACCUUCGAGCGCCGCGUGCGGGGCCCCAACGACGACGAGGUGAACGAUCAGCAGGCUACGACUUCGGCAAGCAGCCCCACGCAAUGCGACAAUCUGACCACCAACGACCCGAGCACGGCGCACGCCAAGCCCGACGUCAACGAACAGGCCAAGUACCCAGGCACGCCAGCGACUCCGACUCCCACGCUUACGCGCUGCCACAAGGGGGCGCCAUCCUACCUGCAGCAGUCGCACAGCAAGGACCACAAUGGCUGGCCGACGACAGGCACCCAUGGCGACCCACCGCGGCACAUCUACCAUUCCAGCAAGGUCCCAUCCAAGACGCCGCCCAAGAGCCCGGCGCAGUGUGAAAGCGAGCCGACGGCACGCAGCAGUAUCAACGCCCACCCGACAACAGAGCUUCACAAGCCGCCGCCCAUCAGUGUCAAGUCGCUGGCAAGGCCCCGCAUGGACGCGCUGCUCGAGCAGGCCGCGCCGCCCAUCGAACGACCGUUCGCGGGGAUUAUAUCAGGAUCUGCCAGCUGCGAUCGACAACGGGACCUCGGUGCUCGUCUGACCGACACCAUCAUCAGCAAGCGCGAAGAACGGAAUUCGCACCUCUUCAAGACCCACGUCCACAAUCUGAUCUUGGAGUAUUCUGCCAGCGCGACCGACGCAGCGAAGCAGUGCGACGUGGGCCAGAGUUCUAACCGCGACAGGCAGACGCGCCCGAUCGGCGAUGACUGCGACGGCGUGUCGACGCCAGCUGCCGCGGCCCAUCAGCGUCGCAAUUUCCUCAUGUAUAUCAAAUUGGGCACGCCCAACAACCGCGCGCCCGAGCCCGCGCCAUUCGCGACCGCGCGCUUCCAUGGGGACACCGCCGCCGCAGCCAUCAGACACAUUUACGAGCUGAUUUACGUCCAUGGAGACGACUCAUCAGGCAACGCCGCCGGACAGACAGCCCAUGGGGAGGGCGGCAAACGAGGGCCGUGCAGUGCAGCAGCUCCAACAGACAACGCCAUCAAUCGGGAGCCUUCCAACGCACGCGCGAGCAGUGACGCGCCAACCGAGCCCCAGCGCGACCCACCGCCCACACUCACAUCUCAAGCGCAGGAGGAGCUGCGCCUCGACAAGACCAUCGCCGGGCUGAGCCGCCUGCAAGAAGCCCUCCGCCAUUAUGCACAACAGCGCCCCAUCUCCAACGCGCGCGCAUGGCUGGCAACCGCCAACAACGACAAGCAGCAG